UGGAGAGAAGACAAAAGAUGUAAUCACAAAUAAUGCUGAAGUAGUUUCUUUGCUCAAACCAGGAACUGACACAGUAAUGUGCCAAAGUCAGAUUGGAGUAAAGUUACAGUUCAAUAAAGAAACUGUAAGUGAGACACCACAAAGGCUGCCAGUAAGUCGAAUACCUAAAACAUUUCAGGGAGCAAGUUAUACAAGUUCUCAGGAGUCCCAAAAGUACAGAACAGCCCGUGCAUCAUCAAAUAUUAAAUCAUUUAAAAUUCCAGUUAAAAUAGAACCCACAUGCACAUUUACUAAAGAAAAGUCACUAAUUCCUGCUAAAAAGGGAUCUUCAAAGGACUCUGCAAAGAAAGGACUCACUGAGAGUACUUCUAAGAAGGCACAUGUAUUAUGCUCCCCAAAAACAAACACUCGCAGACUUCAUCAAGGUAGGGGAAAUCUACAUAAUUAUAUUUGUGUGGAAAUGUUACAGGAAACAGAAAGUCAAGUAACUUUGCAGAAAUCUCAAAGUGUAGGACAACAGCAACACUCAAAUUCAGGGCAAUUACAAAGUAUUUCAGAUGAUAAACAUUCACAGUGUUUUCCACAGAAUAAACAAUCACACUCACCUUUGAGUAAAGAAUUGCUGCAGCAUUCAUCAGGUACUAGAAAACAUACUAUACAUAACACAUCUGACACAAGAAUACCUAUUCAUUUGUAUUCUUUAAAGGAAUCACAGAAAUCAUCUAGCAAGACAGUAUUAGAGUGUUUUCCUGUGAAGGCUUUCAGUAGCCUACCAAGGAAGGGGUCAUCACAUGGAAAACUACCAGUUUCAGAAGAGAUACUGGGAACAUCAUAGACAGAACUAGUACCAGAAAUUUCAUAUAAGUUACAUAACAUUUGCUUUACAAAUGAAGAAACACUACAAGUUUAUAAAAGACAUGGACCUACAACAGGAAUCAAUGUAUGCAAAUGAAAUAUAAUAUAGAUUACAUACAGAGUUUAAUAAAAUUGCCCCAGAAAUAAAAACUACAAAGCAGUAUCUUAUAGAUGAGUUUACUGCAGUUUUGUUAGCAAGGAUAACAGUAUUAAGUUUCAUUUAACAGAAAACAGAAAGCUGCAGACAAGUUCAGGACUCAACAAAUGAAAGUUUGCAACUCAAUCUCAGAUAGAAAAAUUACAAAUACUGUGCUAGAAGAAAAUAUCUAAAGAUAAAAAAAUAAAAAAGUAUUCAGAUACAAAUUCAAAGAAUGAUUAAAAAAGUUUUACACAUGAUUUCAUGCAAGAUGAUAAAAAAAAACAUGAAAAACAUCAACAAGAAGCAACAUCAUGGAAACCAGGGUGACAUACUUUUUACAGCUAUUUAAACCCAAGGAUAUACUAAUACAAGUUUAUAAUAAUUAAAAACUUUAUAUUUGUGGGAAACUUCUAUAACUCUAUAACAAAAUAUGCAUGAUUGAGCUUCAGUGAUAUGUGAAACAUUUUACUUUUACUGAGAAUUAUACAAGAUUGUUGAAGAAUGGGUGGAAUGUAACUACAAUACCCUAUCUAAUGUAUUUAUUGAACUUGGUCCAUUUCGUCUUAUUACAAGUGACCUAUAUUUUAUGUUACACACGUGCUCACACACAAAACGUAAUGAUACAUUAGAUUACAAGAUGUGUAGUGUCCAACUACUACGAAUUAUUUAAAUGUGAUACAUGAACCUACACCUGCAAAGAUAUGAGAACUGAAGAAAAUGAUGAGAAAUAUAAUAAGUUAAUUUGUGAUGAAAUACAGUAGAAGACUACUACAAAAGCACCAUUAAAUAUGCUCAGGAAAUUCAAAGAAGUUUCUUGUGCUGAGAGUACAGAAGAGAGAGAGCAUUCAUUAUAAGGUUAGAUGAUGUUUAUACAAAUCUUAAACAUUGAUUUCUGUUGAAUGAUCCUUGGACUUGAAGCUACAGAUCAAAGAUUAUUAUUCUGUUUUGUAUUUUGUCUUGAUUUCUACCAUUUGAUUUAUAUAUUGCUUUAUUACCAUAGUAAUUAUGCAAGAGAAUGUGCAGUGGUUAAAAUGUUUGAUUAAACUGCCAUGUGAUCUAAUGAUGCCAUGACAUGUUAUCCGUCAACAUGUGUAAUACCGAAUAUGUCUGUUAUUUUAAGUGGCUGUGAAACCCUCUAUGGAAAGCAGGGUUUUGGGGAGCAGUAAACACAAGUGAUACUUCAUGAAGGUUACUAAGCAACCUAACACUGGUUUCACAUAGCAGCUUAACGCACAGAUUUUAUAUAGCAGCUUAACGCACGGAUUUCACAUAGCUUAACGCACGGGUUUCAUAUAGCAACUUAACGUAUGGGUUUCACCUUGCAGCUUAAUGCAUGGGUUUUGCAUAGCAGCUUAACACAUGGGUUUCACAUAGCAACUUAACACACUCAUUUCAAUUAGCACCUUAACCCCUUCACUGUCAGAAACCUUGAAAUUAACCCUUAAAUGGUCCAAACGUAUAUAUACGUUCACCUGCGCAGUGCCCCAAAUAUUUUGAGAAAAAAAAAAAUUAUAGGAAAAAAGAGCAUGUGGUACCUAGGUGUCCCCAAUUUUUUUUCAUAUGGAGCACACUGAGUGCACACACCCAUUCUCUCAUGUCUAGGUGACUCAGGCCUAUCGUGUCAAUGUUGAAUGAAUGAGAAAUGAAACAUGUAUAUGUAUACCUCUGGGGCGCUACGCAAGUGAGCGUAUAUAUACGUUUGGACUGUUUAAGGGUUACGUGCUGAUAAUCUGACAUUUUUCAGAAAAAAACAAAUUCUUCUGAAAUGGUAAAGAAUCUUCUUUGGAGAGUAAUAACAGAAAGUGUGAUAUUUGAUGAAAAUUGUACAGAAUUACAAAGGCAUGAAGUUGGCAGUUUGAGCACAACUAAUGCACUGAGUACUGUUUUAAGCCAAUUCCUUUGCUCCAUUUGAUCAAAUUAUUAGCCAUUCCAUUCUGUUGAUUGAACAGAAGAAAUCGCCCAUUCUUUAUCAGAACUAUGCUAUAAAGUACCCAGAAGUCGGUAAUUUGGCCAAUUUUACACAAAAUUAAUAAAAUACCAUUUUAAAAACCGACUGCAUAAUCAACACUGUAGACAGUCCAGGCUUGGUACUAAAGUAACAUUUUCCUCUCCUAUAUUACACUUUCCCUCCAUUUUGAAUUCCUUACACAAAUAAUAAAAUAUAACCAGGAAUGAAUAGUCAUGGUUUAUGGCAUCCCAAUAAUUGAAUCAAACCUAGUAAAAACCCAUAAGAUAGACCAGAGGAUAUGCGGAGGGCCUUACCUGUCCUCAGGAAAAUAAAAAAUAAAAUAUUUCUGCUUAUUUGAGCCUGAUUUCAAUCUACUUCUAGUAGACUGAAAUCAGUAGUGUGUCUUUCUCUCUUAUUAAAUAAUACCAAGAAACAGUCAAUAAAACAAUAAAAAAAUAAUCUUAGAAAAUACAUGCCGUAAGGUCAGAGGUUUGCUUUUCCUAGGCAGUAUUUUUUUUUUAUACUAAGCACACUCACUGCACAGACAAAUUCUCUCAUGUCUAGACUAAAAUUUACUCUUACUGCUUAUGAGGGAGGGGAACUCAAAUCGUACAUCUACAUAGGCAACCCUGGCAUCAAUAAUGUAGAUACAUAUACGAGACAGUGAAAAGGUUAACACACUGGUUUCACAUAGCAGCUUAACACACUGGUUUCACAUAGCAGCUUAACACACUGAUUUCACAUAGCAGUUCAACAUAUGUACUGGUUUCACAUAAGGGCUUAACACACUGGUUCCACAUAGCAGCUAAACACACUUUCACAUAGCAACUGAACACUGUUUUCACAUAACAGCUUAACAUACAGUUUUCACAUAGCAGCUUAACAUACUGCUUUCACAUAGCUUAACACAUUGCUUUCACAUAGCUAAACACACUGGUUUUACAUAGUGGGUAUCUUAAAAGAAGCAUUGUUUAUGUUGUGUCUUGUGGUAUAUGCUUCAGCAUUAACAUAUGAAUGUGUCUGUAUAGGCUUCUUAUUCUGCUGGCCCCUCCAUGAUUUUUUUUUUUUUUUUUGCCUGAUUCAGCAUUUAGUAAUAUCACAUUUUGUUCUGUAUGCUGUUCCUUGACUUUUGUUCCUUGCUUUUAUUCUUGACUAAUUUACAAAUAUUUGUUAUUACCUAUUUCUGUUCUGUGCAGAUGUACAUUACUCUUGACUGAAGAAGAUAUAUAUAUAUAUAAUAUUUAUAUAUAAAAAAUUAUUUUGAUAUACAGUAAAAGGUUUCACACAUUGUAUAGUAAUACUAAGUACUGAUACCUCUGAAGACAUGCAGUAACUGGUAGAAAAGAUGCAACUUUAUACUUGAUAAAAACAUUUAAGUCUCUUAUCUUUUUUUUUUUUGCAUUAUAUUGCAGUGUAUCAUACAUAGUAUCUGUAUAAGGACACUAAUUUUAAUGAAAUGAUACUAAAACAUCUAAUAUGUUAUAAUUCAGUGUUAUAAGAGUCUAACAGUAAUCCUACAUAUAAUAAUUUAUAUUUUAUUAUGAGGAGAUAAACUGUAGUUCUCAUUUAUCU